AUGAUCUCACAAUCCGAGCCUCUCACCCUCCGCGGCCCCUCUUCCGUUGUCUCGGCACGUACCGCCUCCCGCCCCCAUGUGUCUUCUCGGAGUAAGCGGUAUAACCGCUCGCACACGGGCGGGACCUCCUAUAUCCCACAAAACGAAUUCCCUGUGUUUAGUCAUUCGGGCGAUGUCGAGAUCCUUAUAAAAGCCGGCGGGAAGGAGAACAGGUAUCUCCUACACAAACAUACCUUAACAAGAUGUUCAGGAUUCUUCGAAGCGAGCACGAGUCAGGAAUGGUCUAAAGCAAGUUUCAUACCGCCGGCAGACACUUCAUCAAGAGAGCUCACGAGGAUUGGGGAAGAUAGCGCCAGCAGUAGUGGAAACGAGGCCGCGCGAUCACGUGUAAAUUCGCCUAUGCCACGAAAACGAUGGCGAUAUGAAUUGGACCCCGGGAGUGAUGGGGAUGAUAUACCGAUGUUGGUGCAAAAGGAGGCUAAUACCCUUAAUACUACCGGUUCCGCACAGUCAAGCUCCCUUUUUGGAGGCGGUGGCGCAACCUCGAAUACUCCCACCACGCGCAAAGUGAGCCAUUCGCACACACAUUCCACGAAUUCCUUCUUUCGUUCGGUUGCAAACCUAUCCCUAGUACCAACAAAGGUAGACCAGGAUGCGCCUCUCUCGCAGGCCGACGCCGACCUACUUCGAGAUUACGAUAAUCUCUUUCGCAUUUUCUAUAACUAUCCCCCGCUACUAGACGGCAUAAAUAUUGCCGACGCAUAUGUACAGUGUAAAUCGCUUCUUACCUUGGCGGAUCAGUAUGAUGCGUUAGCUGUUGUAGGACCACGAGUUGAUCAUCACUUAUUACAAUUUCAAAGUAGGCUAUGGAAACAGAUCGCCAAGUAUCCUGUUAGCUAUUUACGCCUGGGGUAUUUGAGCCGAAGUAAGGUUAUCUUCCAAGAAGCCUUGAUACAUGUUGUCGGACAAUGGCCAGCUGGGGAACGAAGUAUUAGGCAGUCAUUCCCGGAUAUUGUUCUCGAUAUUAUCGAAGACAAAGUUGACGAGUUGGAAGAGACAGUAUCGAGGAUUGAGGGUCGCCUCUUUCGCCUCAAUCUUACCAAUUCGCGUGGCGAGCGCAUCACGCCUGGCACAUCGUAUCUCGACUGGCUUGCUGUGUCUUUCUUUCGUCAGUGGCUCGCGGAUAACACGUCACCGGCUCCGCUGGCUCCUCCAAGUACUCGAGGACAUUCUUCCCGUGAUGGAGGGCCGUCGUCCCGCGCCACAGCCGUGAUUGCUUCGGCACCGAUGGCGCCGAAUCUCGCAAGUUUAGGCCGUACUUAUCGUACUCUAGGCUCUAUGGCGGGUGCCAGCUAUCUAGGCCAUGACGAGUGCAAACGCUUUCUUAAAUUAACGCCCGAGUUGUACUCACGUGACAACCUCCGGCGGUUCGAGAAGCGUAUUGACGAACUUAAGAGCGCCGCCCGUGAGAUCGUACGCCCACUCAUGGGUAGCGGGUUGGAGCUAGAGCUAGAACGAGGUGCUGUUACACCAAGCAGUGCUGGCGUCAGUGGUAGCUCUAACGUACCCAUAGCCACGAGUAGCAUGACGAGUUAUCUAACGUGCGUACGGGUGAUGGAGAGAGAUCUACCGUGGGCUGUUGAGGACUGA